AUGGGUAAUUGUAGCUCUUGCUGCGGAGGCAGACCCCGCGAUGGCCUUUACGAGCCCGUACUUGCCGACAGCGAGAGAGAAGCCGUUGCUGACCUCUUGCAAUACCUCGAAAACCGGGGCGAGACUGAUUUCUUCUCCGGCGAGCCUCUGCGAGCUUUGAGCACCCUAGUUUUCUCCGAGAAUAUCGACCUACAACGGAGUGCCAGCCUUACGUUUGCUGAAAUUACGGAGCGAGAUGUCCGAGAGGUCGACCGCGACACCCUCGAGCCCAUUCUAUUCUUGCUCAACAGCUCCGAUAUUGAGGUCCAACGUGCUGCCAGCGCCGCGCUCGGCAACUUGGCCGUCAACACGGAAAACAAGGUCCUCAUUGUUCAAAUGAGUGGCCUGCAACCUCUGAUCCGUCAAAUGCUCUCUACCAACGUUGAAGUCCAGUGCAACGCCGUUGGGUGUAUCACAAACCUUGCGACACAUGAAGACAACAAGGCCAAGAUUGCGCGAUCCGGCGCCCUCGGUCCUCUGACGAGACUGGCAAAGUCCAAGGACAUGCGAGUGCAGCGCAAUGCGACUGGUGCUCUCCUCAACAUGACGCACUCUGACGAGAACCGACAACAACUCGUUAACGCCGGCGCCAUCCCUGUUCUUGUUCAGCUCCUGUCCUCCUCCGACGUCGACGUUCAGUACUACUGCACGACUGCCCUGAGCAACAUCGCCGUCGAUGGCAACAACCGACGCAAGCUAGCCCAGAGCGAGACCAAGCUGGUUUCGUCGCUGGUCGCCCUGAUGGACUCGUCCUCGCCAAAAGUACAGUGUCAGGCAGCACUUGCUCUUCGAAACUUGGCUUCCGAUGAGAAGUACCAGCUUGAUAUCGUCCGUUCCAAUGGCCUGGCUCCUCUGCUGCGCCUCCUUCAGUCAUCGUACCUCCCGCUCAUUCUUUCGGCCGUUGCCUGCAUUCGCAACAUUUCUAUUCACCCGUUGAACGAAUCCCCCAUCAUCGAAGCCGGAUUCCUGAAGCCCCUCGUUGACCUCCUCGGAUCUACCGAUAACGAGGAAAUCCAGUGUCACGCCAUCUCGACCUUGAGAAACCUGGCUGCUAGCUCUGACCGCAACAAGGCGCUGGUCCUCGAGGCUGGUGCAGUUCAGAAAUGCAAGCAGCUCGUUCUCGAUGUGCCGGUCACCGUCCAGUCCGAGAUGACGGCGGCGAUCGCUGUCCUCGCACUCAGCGACGAGCUGAAGUCUCACUUGCUCAACCUGGGCGUAUUUGCAGUCCUCAUCCCCCUGACCAGCUCGCCGAGCAUCGAAGUUCAGGGCAACAGUGCCGCUGCGCUCGGCAACCUGUCUUCCAAGGUCGGUGACUACUCCGUCUUCGUCCAAGACUGGAAAGACCCGCACGGCGGCAUUCACGGCUACCUGACCAGGUUCCUGCAGAGCGGCGAUGCCACAUUCCAGCACAUCGCGAUCUGGACCUUGCUGCAACUCCUUGAGUCCGAGGACAAGGCUCUGAUUCAACUCAUCGGUCAGGCUGAGGAUGUUGUCGACCAGAUCAAGGAGACGGCCAACCGCCAGGUAGAGCCAGACCACGAAUUCGAGGACGACGAUGAGGGUGAGGUUGUCACGCUCGCGCAACGCUGCCUCGAGCUUCUGGGACAGAGCACUUCAAAGACCCACAUUGAGGGUUAA